AACAUUGUAUAUGGCUACCGAACUCUUGCAAUUAUUUUCUUUCUGUGACUGUAAUAAAAUUGUUAAAGCGGCAAGUUUAACUUAACAAUGAAAAAUAAUAAUUUAGUAAUCAUAAAUUACUAUGAAAGUUAUUUUUAUUUCUUUGUUUGGUCGUGUGCCAUCUUUUAUUCUGUAUAUCAAUUUUAUUUGGCAAAUAAUUAUUUCAAUGACUAUUAUGAUGCAUAUGGUGAUUUUGAUUCAGGAUGGUUUUGGGUUAGAAAGAAACGAGACACCUCUGAUCAAGAGUGGCUUGUAUGGCUUACAUUAGUGAAUAAACUGAUACCUUAUGUUUUUAUACAUCAUUUUAUCAGUCAGAUUAUUAAAGUCAAUAGUAAUAGUAUGAUAUUGUGCUAUUGGUACAUUUUAUCGUCUAUAAUUUUUCUCUAUUAUUAUUUGGGUACAUUGGCAAUGUUUUGUGCAAUAUUGCAACCUAGUUUUUUACAUAUAAUGACAUGUAUAUGCAGUAAGAAUGCAGCAUGGAUUAUACAUAUUUUGUACCUAUUUAUAAUACAUAUAUUAAAAAUACCAAAUGGCACUUUUCAAAGUUGGCUGGAAAUCACCGAUGAAAAGCAUUAUAUUUUAACACUUAUAAUGUGUUGGAUACAUUUAAGAAGUAUCAGUCACACUAUUGAUAGCAUUGAUGACCAAUUUUCCAGUUCAAAUAAUUUUAUUCAGAAAUUAGCAUAUUGCUUAUACCUGCCUACAUUAUUUUUAGGUCCGCUUAUUUUGUAUCAUGAAUUUGUAGAAUCUGUAGGUAUUAUUAUUAUUAUUAUUAUUGUUAUUGUUAUUAUAGUAAUUAUUAUAGUUAUAAAGUCACAAAAUUCUAUAUUCUGUUUGGAUAUUUUUCAGAUUAAUCAACCACAUCAAUAUUGGAAUUGCCAAAAGCUUUUAACAUUUAUGUUAAAUUUAAUUAGAUACAUGUUCUGGUUAUAUUUUACUGACUUGUUGCUACAUUUUAUUUAUAUAAAUGCUGUACAAUAUCAUUUACAGGUUAUACAAAAUUUGAAUUCUUGGGCACUAUUUGGUUUAGGAUAUUGCAUGGGACAAUUUUUUUUAAAUAAAUAUGUAGCAAUCUAUGGAACAUGCAGUAAUUUAUGUUACUUAGAUAAUAUAAAAGCUCCAUCACAACCUAAAUGCAUAGCUAGAAUUCAUUUAUAUUCUGACAUGUGGAAAUAUUUCGAUAGAGGAUUAUACAAAUUUCUGAUAAGAUAUAUCUAUAUUCCUAUACGAAAAUCAAAUGGGUAUUUUGGAAAAUUAUUUGCAUCAUUUUUAUGUUUCACAUUUGUUUUUAUAUGGCAUGGAAUACAAAUAAAUAUUUUUAUUUGGACAUUGCUCAAUUUUAUAGGAAUAGUAAUUGAAGAUAUAGGAGUGUCAAUUGGCAAAAGUAAACAAUAUCAUAAAAUACAGAACACGUAUUUAUCUUCAAAAAAUACUAAGAGACUUAAUUGCAUAUUAGCAAGUCCUCUUUUAGCAAUGUCAGCUAUAUCAAAUUUUUAUUUUUUGGGAGGACAAGAUAUUGGAAAUAUCUUUAUACAAAACAUAUUAUAUGGAUCUUGGAAAAAUCUAUUGGUUCUGCUUUUUUUUCUUUAUUGUUGCUGCCAAGUUUCUGAAGAUGUUAAAAGCUGGGAAUUACGCCGUACCAAAAGCUAAUGCAAUACUUUUCUAAUAAAUGAAUAUGUUUGUAUAUAGAUUGAUACAAAUUUUACAGUCAAUUUAAAUUAAAAGAAACAUAGUGUAGGAAUAUAUUACUAUGUAAAGAAUUAAGAUAAAUAUUGAAAGUUAAUAACUUUUCAAUCUUUUGUCAUUUUUGUUUAAAUAUUUUGCAAAAAUAUGGAAGAAUAUUUUUAUAAUCAAAUAUAGAUAAUUUGAAAGUAAGAAUGUUUUGUGGAAACUUUAUUUUUCUUAGAAAAAAUACUAUAUAAACAAAUUACAAUUACUAUUAUAUCUAUAAA